UGGUCUGCGAGGCCCAAUCAUCUCCUCAGUGCCGCCUGCCGGUGCCGGGGACUGGUGGUGAGGAUUCGCAGCAGCGCUUCAGGACCGGACCGUGAACCCGGAGACGGCACACACUGAGGCGAAAGCAAGACACAGGAUGGAGCAGAUGUCAGAGGAGGCGUUAAGGCUGAACCUGCUAAAGCGAGGCCUGGAGUCGCCCACCGAGCGAGAGGAAGCCCUCGCCAAGCGCCUCAAAAUGGAGGGCCACGAGGCGAUGGAGCGCCUCAAGAUGCUGGCGCUGCUGAAACGCAAAGAUCUGGCAGACCUGGCCGCCUUAGAAGUUGCCGGUCCUCUGGGAGACGGGAAAGGCCCCGGUGCUAGCUCACUCCACCACCAGAGCUUAAUGGGCGCCACCUACGAGGAGAAGCUAAAUGGGAGCCUUAGACUGGGAGGACAUGGCGGCCAUGUUGGGCCCAGUAAAAACGGGAAGGAGAACGUACUGGAUGAGCCGGUGGAUAUGAGCGCCGGGCGGAGAUGUGACACGGACCACGAUAGACGAACUCCUUCUCCAGACGUCAUCAUUCUGUCAGACAAUGAAGCGUCCAGUCCCAGAACAACACCUCGCCCCGAAGAGCGCCUCAACCAUGCUAACCUGGAGAUGUUUAGGGGCAAGACCGGAGAGGAGAGGCAGCAGAUGAUCAAAGCUCUGAGAGAGGAGUUGCGUUUGGAGGAGGCUCGACUUGUGCUGCUAAAAAAGCUCCGUCAGAGUCAGAUGCAGAAGGAGAACGUGGUGCAGAAGGUACCGGUGGUCCAGAAUGCUGCGUCUUCUGGGCAGCCUUCUUCCAUGCACAGCUCCCCUGGUCUGGGGAAGCUUCCGGUACGACCAGGCCUGCACAACCAGGACCCCCAGAAUCUCCGCACUGCACAGGGUCACACGGUCAUCAGAUCAGGAGCUAACGCCAACCUGCCACCAAUGCUCAUGUCGCAGCGGGUAAUAGCGCCCAACCCUGCCCAGCUGCAAGGCCAGCGGCUCUCCAAGCCUGGCAUGGGUCGCUCCAGCAGCAUGGGUAACGCUGUAAGCUACCAGCAGGCCAACCAGCAGGUGGCAGCAUCCCAGCGCUCCGGCUCCAGUGCCAUGUACAUGAACCUUGCCCACAUGCAGGCAGCUGCUGGGGCGAGCGGGGUGGCGGGCAGCCUGGGCGGAGCCUCUGCGGUCAGUCCGUCCACCUUGUCCGGCUCGGCCAGCGGGGGCGUGAACUCUAUGGCUGACCAGGCCAGUAGCCAGGCCGCCGCUAAGCUCGCCCUGAGGAAGCAGCUGGAGAAAACGCUGUUGGAGAUCCCGCCACCGAAACCCCCCGCCCCGCUCCUCCACUUCCUGCCUUCAGCUGCCAACAGCGAGUUCAUCUACAUGGUGGGCCUGGAGGAGGUGGUACAGAGCGUCCUGGACAGUCAGGGUAAACUCCGCGGGACGCUUUCCCGUAUGGAGCCAUUCUUCUGCGCCCAGUGCCGGACCGACUUCACCCCCCACUGGAAGCAGGAGAAGAGUGGGCGGAUUCUCUGUGAGCAGUGCAUGAUGUCCAAUCAAAAGAAGGCUCUGAAGGCAGAGCACACUAACAGGCUGAAGAACGCCUUUGUGAAGGCCCUGCAGCAAGAGCAGGAGAUCGAACAGAGGCUUCAGCAGGCGGCCCUCUCGCCCAGCUCUGCCCCGUGUGGCCCUAACGCCUCCAAAACCGACUCCCUGAUUCGACAUCACGCUCUACGCCAGACCCAACAACCUCAGGCCUCUCUGCAAAGGGGUCUGUCCAACUCCGCGCGAGGCGUCCUGUCUAACUUCGCCCAGGCCUCCCAGCUGUCAGUGGCCAGCAGCCUCAUGGGGAUGACCAGCGGAAAGCACUGUGGCAGCAGUGGCGGCAACAGCAGUAGCAGCAACAGACUGCAGCAUGACAGCCGUCGCCAGAUCUACAACAUCCCAGGGUUAAAUAUCGCCUAUCUGAACCCCGCCGCUGUCGGCGCCCAUAAGAACUCCAGCUUAGCAGACCGUCAGCGAGAGUACCUGUUGGACAUGAUCCCACCACGAUCCAUAUCGCAGUCCAUCACCGGGCAAAAAUGAGCCUGAUGGCCCAUCAGAAGACGCCUGGCCCCAGGCCCUGUUGUCCUACCCCACGCUAAAGCACUCCGACGCCGGCCAAUAAUAGCCCCCCUGAAACCCCAGGCCCCACCCAUUCAUCGCAUGCAGUGCCUGUCCAUGUGCCUACCUUCAACCCACCCAUUGAAAAGCCACCAGGUCACGCAAGGACAAUAAAAUGUCAGCGCAUUUCAAAUUGAGCCACAUGGUGAAAUUCUUCUUGGUUGGCAUCGUAAUUCACUGUUGGUAGCACUUAUUAUUAUUAUUAUUAUUAGUAGUAUUAUUUUUAACCUUUAUUUUUGCUUCCAUUACUAUUACUCAUUAUGCUUUUUGAAUCGUAGUAUUUGUUUUUCUAAUGUCAUUCUUCGAAGAAAGUGACAGUGGAUCAUUGUAGGGUCGCUUCAGACCUUUUUUUAACGCUCCACUCCGAUUAAAGCUUGGAUUGGAGUAUAGCUAGUAACAGAAGAUCAACAGGGUGCAUUCUGCUUACUAUGCAACUUUCAAGCUUUGUAUGGUAUACUAGAGCUUCAAAGUGGAGAAAAGUAAUCGGGACAUAAGUCAUAUCCAGUUCAAAAGAGGAUAAAGACGUUUCUCCAUUUGUGUGAGGGCUCAUGAGGACAGAGCAUCCUUAUCACACCAUCGCAUGUCGUCAAUCCCUGCACCAUCACUGCUAGCUGGAAAUGACAGAAUGGUGCAGUCGUCUCUCGGAAGGAGAAUCCUAUUGUCAUCAAACCUUUUCCAUUUGCUUGUCACUCCCCUGUCACGCGUCAGAGUCCCAUCAAUAACGUAGUGGAUGUACACGGGACGCUUCUUCUACCAGUCAGCACUGCAGCCGUUGAGGAGUCGCUGUCAGGAUUUGUGAUCUUUGGGAACUUGUCCAGUAUUGAGAGCGAAGAACAAAGUGGAUGUGACAACCAUCUUCCCAACCACACCACCCUUAACUACCUUUGGUUAUGCACAGACUGAACCCCUUCCACCCAGGAGCUCCUUUUUACACCUUCCUGCAAAGGUGGAAGUGCACCCAAACACACCUUCUCACGUUUGGGUUUUUCUGACUCUUGACCCCCGCUGAAUACUCCUUUUUUUCCCUUCUUUUUUAUUUUCAUCAUUUUUGCGGCGUCUCUUCUUGAAAUGUUGGCGUACCUGAGAGGUAUCUGCCAUCAGGAGACGAUAAUAAUCAAGAAAGCUAAAAACAAAAAAACUAUGUAUGGAUUAUGUAUAGAUACCUUGCGUCAGACGGAGAAAAGAAAAGAUGUGGAUUAUAUCUUUUAUGGGAGAGACAUGGAUCAAUCAUUGUGUGCAUGUUCUGCGCACAAGUUGCCUCACUCCAGAGGAGCACUUUGCAUAUUUCCGAUUGGAAAAAAAAACAAAAAACUUUUUUUUUUUUUUUUUUCUCAGAAAAAGAAUGUUACAAUUUAAGGUCUGGAAGCUGGCUGAUGGCCUGUCAGAGAGUCACGGGUUGUCUGGUAUACUUCACAUUUUACAUGUGCUUUUUGCCGUGUUCAUCUCCAAAUGUUGGACCUCAUGUUGCAUGUCGCUGCUGCCUGCUGAGGCCAGAAAGCAAGGAGUACACUCAUGGUCUUUGGACCAAGUCAUAUUCAGAACAAGAAGCUGGUGAGAACCCAGCUACUUCCUCUUUUCCACUGCACGGUAUCGUCAUGGC